CACAUCCAGACCACCACAUACGAAAUCAUGGCCAACCCACGCAUUGAAGAGCUCGCCGAUGAGCCUGAGAAGAAGAACGUCCAGAUCGAGGAGGACGAGUCCAGCGACGAGUCUGAGGGCGAAGAGGGUGGUGAGGCCAACAUCCCCGCGGGCGCCUCAGUCGCAGUGCACUCGCGCAACGAGAAGAAGGCUCGCAAGGCCAUUGCCAAGCUUGGAUUGAAGCACAUUGAUGGCAUCACACGCGUCACUCUCCGCCGACCCAAGAACAUCCUCUUCGUCAUCAACCAGCCCGACGUCUACAAGUCCCCUUCAAGCAACACCUGGAUCAUCUUCGGUGAGGCCAAGAUCGAGGACUUGAACUCCCAGGCCCAGGCCUCCGCCGCUCAGCAGCUCGCUCAAGCCGAAGCCGCUUCGCACGACCACUCCGGCCAUGACCAUGACCACGAUCACGAUCACGGCAAGGGCAAGGGCAAGGCUGUCGAGGACAAAAAGGACGAGGACGACGAGGAUGAGGAUGAGGAUGAUGAUGAGGAGGUCGAUGAUUCUGGACUUGAGGCCAAGGACAUUGAGCUCGUCAUGCAACAGGCUAGUGUCUCAAGGAACAAGGCCGUCAAGGCUCUCAAAGAGAACGACAAUGAUAUCGUGAACUCGAUCAUGGCGCUAAGCAUAUAGGCUGCCACAGUCUAGGUGUCUAGCUCUGCAGGGAAAAGAAUGGUUUCCUGAGCCUUGCGGAGUCGUAGAGACUCCUGCCCGCUCCUGUAUUAGAAUCAUUUCAAUGGAUCUUCCAACAGUCACCUCUUGC